AUGAAUAGCGAAACAAUGGAGAUCAAGAUUUGCUAUCCGACUACCACUGUUUCGGAUAUUGACUAUUUGGUUCGAGUGGAGCCACUUGGGCAAUUCUUGCCAAACAUGACGUCAUAUUGGAUGCAUGAUGUUGGAGGGCUGUACGCGGUAGGAAAGGCACAAAACCAGAGCAUCAAUCUAGCCACACUCAAAAUGGUGGAGCACGAAAGUCUGUGUAAGCACUCGUCGUCAGUCAUGCUGUGCAAUUUGCAAGAACAAAUGUCUGGAUGUGGACUGCUCUCGACAAACAGGCAUAACUGUCGAUUAGUCAUACACAAUUCGACGGACAAACAUUUCACAAUGGUGCGGCCACUAGCACGCUCGAUGAUACUAGCAACUAGAGCCACAGAAAUGAUGGAGAUGCCUCAGGAACUCCACAGUAUACCGGAGUCAAAAGUUAUCACGAAGCCGGUGUUUGCCGUCGAAGUGCCGAGAGGGAAAUGGCUGAUGGUCGGAAUCAAGGCCGUUCACUCGCGCAUAGUUCAAGGAGUAAUGGGUGCAGAUUUUAAAGUCAUAGUACCAGUGAGUGAAGUCGCUUUAGUUCCAAUAUUUUCGGUGGGAGGUACUGUAAGAAGUAUAUAG